CGACAACAGCGAUUGCGCGAUUUGGACCCGUCGUAUAUAAGAGCCUUUGUUGUGAAACAGGGACCUACACAUCAAGUUAUCAUUGACGAGCCUUCAUCUUCUUAUUUAUCUAAUUUUAUAACAUCAAGUAUGGCAAGCGAGCACAAGUAUCAGCUCAAUGUUAAGAUGACAUGCGGAGGUUGUUCUGGUGCUGUUACUCGUGUACUGACCAAGGCGCAGCAGGAAGGAUCAGUUUCAAGUUUUGAUGUUAACUUGGAGACCCAGCUCGUGAACGUUCAGGGUCCUAUCGAAGAAGAGGUUCUGGUGGAGAAGAUCCGGAAGACAGGUAAACAGAUUAUCUCGGUCACAUCUCAGGAUGAGGCCGAAGCAGCGGCGGUUUGAGAUUUCAUGCCCGUCACUUAUUCAUCUUGAGGCUUCUGGAUAAUUCCCCUGGCGACUGUUAAAUAUAUAGAAUCUAAGCUAUUUUCAAUGGCGCGUGAUUAUUUAAAUCUGAAUUCGAAUACUUAAAUCCUUAUGCAUAUGCAUAUGUGGUUACGUCUA